GGUCCGCAAUGUUUUGAUGCAGUUGCUAAAAAUGUUGACAACAUACGUGCGGUGGUUAAAAAGAACGAGGACGUGUAUUUUUUUGUGGGAAAUGCUUGUUUUCACGGUUCGAAUGGAGACAAUACACAUGUAAUUACUGUAUGUACUUUGUUCGUGUUUUUUUGCUGAGACUGUUUUUAAUCUUCGGCCAGCUGGCAUGGCUUGAAUUCCGCUAAGAAGCAACGUGAAGCCAUGCUAGCAAGGGAGCUAAGGCGAUAUCACGAUAGUGUUUAUUGGUAGCUAUGAUCGUGAGGCUUUUAUACGCACACGCGUUUUAUUGUCUUUAUCCGUCGUGAAUGUUCACAUAUCAUAGUGCUUAUCACUUUCCCCAUUCGGGACGGACAAGAUGGCCCUGACAGAUUUGUGUGCAGAUCAGUGACAACUUUAGUUGUGCACUGCAGCGCCUGAAUCGUGGCUUUGUUUCUCUAUGACCCACACCAUUUAUGCACAGCUAGAUUCAGUGGAAUCGCUUUUGGACGAGCACCCCUAUAUGUUUUAUCUGGGCCUAUUCUUUGUGAACGUUCUCAUUCUCUACUAUGCCUUCCUCAUGGAGUACAUCGUCCUGAAUGUGGGGAUAGUAUUUCUGCCAGAGGAUAUGGAUCAGGCCCUGGUGGACCUUGGGGUUCUCUCUGACCCGGCAUCCCUCCCCUACGACGCGGACGCGGACCUGGAUGUGUUUGAGGGCUACCUGGACUGAUGAGGCGGGUGCUGAUGAAGGUGAUGAGGAUGCAGAGGUCAUGGACAAACUGGGCCUGCUUGGACCUUCAAUGGAGAGGCAAAAGGUUGUCUGGGUUGAAAAGAAACCAAAGAGCACCUGCUGGGCUUCUGUCCCCUGGGGAAGACUCACUCUACCAGCACCGGACGCUGCACCGCCGCUUCAGAGGCAGAGAGAGGGGAAAAAGGAGGCACUAUAUGCUGCAAACAGAAGAGCUCGCUGUGGAUUAAAAGUGGUUUAUCCAGAGAUGAGAAGCAUGCCCAUUGCACCAUCAGAGCCCGAAGCUGUUGAACAGCAUCCACAGCGCAGCAUGCCAAAUUAGUUCACCCUUAAUCGCUCACAGUGGAAGUUGAUGUAACAGGAAUGUGUUGCUGGCUCUCACGCUUUGAGAGGUGCGAUUUAGUAAGUACAACGUGAGUUUAUUCACUUCAUAAGUCAAACAUUUUGCUCCCUCUUAAAGUCCGCAGUGUAUCUAACAGAGGCUGUUUGUACAAGACAGUCCAAACUCACUGCUUUCCAGGUUUUACACACAGAAAAUGAAAUGGCAAUUCAUUAGAGAUGACCUGAAAAGGAAGCUGAAAAGAGCCACUUCAGUUCUGCAUACUUGUUUUUAUCAUUUUCCACAUGGAAGAGACUUGAAGAGGACUCACGUUGGCUGUAUUGUAUGUUAUGUUUUGUUUUUGUAGCUCUGUCGUAAGAAAUGUUUUUGGUUUUAUGAGUUCAUACUUUUGAAGCAAUAACGAACUGGAUUAAACAAAAUGGCUGUUUAACAUUGUCAUGCUUGUGGGUGAGUGGGAUAAAACAGUCUUUGAUGUGGGGCAGGGGUGGGCAAACUGCGCCCGCGGGGUCCUUUUUAAACUGAUAACAUGGAAAGUGUAGGCGGCAACAUGACUUUCAGUGCUGUUGUGGCACGCUUGAGUCGCCAAAAUAGUCAGAUGCAAUCUUGUAGCUUGUUCAAAAAAACACACACGACGCACAAAAUAACCUACCGACUGCGUACAAAGAAAUGUCUACACACGAUACCCAUGCCCAAAAAAACACCCAUAUAUCCCCGCUGCAGGGCAUGCUGGGUACCUUGUGGUACUCUUUCUCCCAGCAUUUUGCUGUGUUUGUUGUAGUUUUGCUUGUUUGCAAAAUAUGUUUAGAAUAUCCAGUUUUAUUGUUCAUAUCUCAUGUUGUUGCAGGUGGGCUACCCAGCAUGCCUUGCGGGCGUUGGGCAAUAACAGUUUUAAGUUACGCGUUAUGUUUAGUGCUUGCUUGCUGAUUCAUGUGAUGCGUUAACUUGCUGUGGAUGUGUUGUUUUUUUGUUUCCUUGCACCAUGAGCCAGUAUGUUGUUCUGCUUGUGGCCCGCGAGUCAAAAACUUUGACCACCACUGACCUAAAGGGGUCUUUUUUUCUUUUUAAUGUUAAUGGCUCUCCUGGCCUGUUUAUUUCAGGCGAGCACACUAAGCAGUGGAUUUAAAUGCCUUUCCACGUAUACAGCUACUCCAAACAAUACUACUAACCUGUAGUUCUCAAACUUUUUACCGCCUCAAAAAAUAUACUAGAUGAAGCAAUUUUAAGUUGAAAUUAUGUGUGAAUGCUGAAACGUAGAAUGAAUGUCGAAAUAUCCUAGAAAUGUGUUGAACUCUAUUCACAGGAUGAUCCAACCAGAAACCAGCAGGUCGGGUUGACGAACGUUUCACGACCUGGACCGAGCCGCCGUGCACAGAAAAAGCAGAACGUUUCACGAUGUUACAAUUUCAACCAGUAGGGGGCGCCAUUGCUGUUUUCAUUUUCAAGGGUAGGGCUUAAAAGUGCCAAAAUUAAAUAAAUACAUCGUUAGAAAAUUAAAUAUGUGAUAUUAAUAAUUAAAUAUAUGAUAAUUAAAUAUGUUAAUUAAAAUUGGAAUUAAAUACAUGUCUUAUUAAAUGGGUCAUUAAUUGAUUAAAAUACCAAUUUUAGCUAAAAAACAUUAGUUCACUAAUUAUUUCAUGGUCCUUGUGUUGUAUGGGAGGAAGCCGACGUCAUUUUUUUAUUUAAAUACAUAAUCAGAUGUUCUUGCAUACCACAGUUUGAGAAUAAUGUCCUAAAUAUCAAGAGAAAUAGGACUACUGCCGAUGCUAAGUGUAUCGCCAUGCUAAUUUUACCUUUACCUUGAAAUGUGCUGUAUGAAAGAAAAAGGUGUGUGAGACAAUGGAAUGUGUGGAAAACAAACGUUUCAGAAGCAAGCCCGCGUGGCUUUGGGUGCAGCCUCAGCUGCUUACUAACUUGCAAGUUCCUAGAAACCACGUGCUUUUUGUGGGUGUCAUGCUACAUUGUGUCCACCAGGGUGUGCUAAUGCACCUUCAAAGCAGCAUCAUCGGCUGUCGUACGGAAGAGCAACAAUUGCUGGCCAUACUUCUCAUUUUUCUAUUCCCCGACCCUUACAGAAGAAUAGGAGUAUCACAAAAAAAGACUACAAGUUUAAGUUAAAGUGAAUCAAAUACACAUAACUAAGCUAAUAAUAAAUUAAACUUGUAACAUUUUCAACUGAUUUGGCACCGGCAUGCAAAGUAGUACAAAACAUGCCGCUAAGGAGAAGAGAAACUUAUUGCGGAGGAAGUCAAAGGUUUUUAAUAGACUGAUAAAAAAACAAACAGACAUGAUAUGUUGACAAUAUAAAACAUUUACAGUCAAGUAAAACAAUAGUGUCCAACAAAAGAGAAGACAUGGUAUAGUAUUUGCAGUGUAUUAUAUAGUGUAUAGUCCUUUCGGGUCAGUUCUUUAUUUCUCCAGUGUCAAACAAUAGUGCAAAUGUAUUUCUACCUGGUUUGACCAAGUACAGUACACGUGCUAUGUGGUGCUCUAAAGGAACACAGAGGAAUUUUAGUAGCAUCCCCUCUUUUGUCCUCUCAUGGUCUAUGUGGCCUGCACACAUACUGUAUAUACUGUGUAUAUAUAUAUAUUAUGACAAAUGUAAGAGUGCACAGAGGGUGGUCCAUGGACCUGAGGUUCUAUCGCCCUUUAAUCCCAACGUAUCCUGGGGUCCUGCUGCUUAAGUCUCUCAAAUACUCCAGAUGGAAUGCACUGGUUCCACAUCCUAGGACGGGAGGAAAAAAGCAGCAAGGUGAGGAGAACUGGUGGAAGUUUUUGCAAAAUGUUCUAGAAAAAUAUGAUGAAAACUUGUGGUAGGAACCAGAUGUGCCCCUGAGGCGAGAUUUUAUAUGGCGCCCUCCUCCGUCAUUUCCAUACUCUUGUACGAAAGAACUUUAAUUUGUAUAUCAGUGAACAAAUGACAAAUAAAUACAAAAAAGGUGAAUAAUUAUAAUAGAAAUUAAUUGUAAAUACAAGAAUCAACAUCAAGCAACUGCAAUAACCACACAGUUUGUGCGCAAUACUGCUAUAAGCUAGAUUUGCAUGCAAUUAUACAAAAACUAAAUGAAAUAUCUACUGUAUAUACUAAAGCUAUUAUGUACAAAAAUGACGGGUGGAGACAUAUUGGUUAGCAUUUUUAGUCAUAUAAAUUGGCACAUUUCUCAUAUUUAGAGUUUGUUUGUUUCUCAUAAUAUUACAAGCAAAUAAAACAUUUAAUAUUUCCACCGUAUGCUACUAAAAUUACACUAUUUUUCCUCAAAUUUAUUCUUUAUUUAUAAAUUUAUA